AUGGCUAUUUAUGACGUUCCCACUGACGGUUGGGAUCCCAUAUUAGUAUUUCUGUGUCUGCAAAGACUACCCAAACAAACCGUUACACUAUGGGAACAAAGCGUCAAAAAUAAAUCAGCGCUGUCAUCUUGGAAUGAUCUGGACAAUUUUCUUACGGAAAGGGUUCAGACUUUAACAUGCCUUAGAGAUAUCAAAGGUAUAGAUGAUUCCAAGAAAGUAGAUAGUAAAAAAGUGCGGACACAUUUUACGAACGCUUCCAGUUCUCGUUCCACCUGUUCUACAACUUCCAAUCGGUCAUCUCCUGAAAAAUCUUGUGUGCUUUGCCCUUCGCAAUCUCAUCAUUUAAGAUCAUGUCCUGAGUUUAGAAAUCGUUCUCUUUCAGAUCGAUUCUCUCUUGUUAAGCGUCAUCAUUGUUGCAUUAAUUGUCUCUCCAGAGGUCAUGAUGUAAAAAAUUGUAGCAGCACUCAUAGUUGUGCUAAGUUUAAUAGAAGACAUCGCACUUUGCUACAUAGGGAAGCUUUUCCAGUUACUAUUACUGCUAGUAAUAUUCCGCCAUCCUCUCAUGGUCCAUCAGGUUCUAAAAUUCUCUUACAGGGAAUGCAAUCUAAUAUUUUGGGUUCUUUAAUUGCGCAAAAUACUGUGUUUGGCUGGAUCAUUACUGGUCCCAUUUCUGCUAGCAACAUCAGAGUAUUUUCUACUAACGUUGCAUAUUCUGAAGAAGAUAAUAUAAAUAAGACACUUCUUCGAUUUUGGGAACUAGAAGAGGUUCCAAAGCGCUCAAUCUUGUCUCCUGCUGACAAAUAUUGUGAGGAAAAUUAUAAAAAAACUACUAGAAGAGACUCCAAUGGCAGAUAUAUUGUCACUCUACCAAUCAAACCAGAAUUCUUUGGCCAACCUAACCUUGGUCAUUCUAGAGCAAAUUGUCUACGACAAUUCAUUCGUAAUGAGGCUUCUCUGCUCAAAAAACCAAAUAUUAAGCAAAUUUAUGAUGGUGUGGUGAAGGAAUAUUUAGAAUUAGAUCAUAUGAAAUCAGUACCUGUUCCUUCUGCAAACUCUACGGUUUGCUAUUUGCCACACCAUCCAGUAAUAAAUCCAGAGAAACAAACUACCAAAUUAAGGGUGGUUUUUAAUGCCUCAAAUAAAACUUCAAAUGGUAAUAGCUUGAAUGAUGUGCUCUAUGUCGGUCCGACUCUUCAGUUAGAUUUAGUUCUACUCAUUCUGAGAUGGAGAGUAUUCAAAUAUGUUUUCAAUUGCGAUAUUACGCAAAUGUAUCGCCAAAUUCUAGUAGAUUCAGCUCACACACCUCUUCAGCGUAUUCUGUUCCGGGAUUCUCCCGACAAACCAAUUCAAGAUUUUGAGCUGAAGACGGUGACUUUUGGUGUCAACUGUGCGCCAUAUCUGGCUAUCCGUACUUUGUUGCAGUUAGCAGAUGACACCGAAGACAAAUUUCCUCUUGCAGCACAUAUCCUGCGUAAAUGCAUGUACGUUGACGACGUACUAACUGGGUACCACAAUUUAGAGACAGCGCAUCUUUCUAGAGAUCAAUUAAUACGUGUCCUAUCUUCAGCUAAAUUUGAGUUGCGGAAAUGGACUUCUAAUGAUCGUUCUAUACUAGAAUGUCUUCCAGCUGAACACCUAAUCGACACUAAACUUCUCGAUUUUGUUGAAGCCAGCAGUUCAAAGCCUCUCGGCAUUCGUUGGAAUGCUCAAUUAGAUGUAUUUUAUUUUAAUGUAAAACCACUUACUAAAAAAUCCACCUACACUAAACGGGAAGUGCUCUCUACUAUUGCCAAAUUGUUUGAUCCUAUUGGGUGGUUAGGCCCUGUUUUAAUUGUAGCUAAAAUUAUAAUGCAACGUAUUUGGUUAGAUCACAUCGAUUGGGAUGAUUCUCUUCCGUCUACGACGGAGGGUGCUUGGCAGAAAUUCGUUGAGACGUACCAGGACGUCAAUUUUAUUCAAAUUCCUCGAUGGGUUAAUUAUGUUCCUGAUUGCUCCGCAGAACUUCAUAUAUUUUCUGAUGCCUCAGAAGGCAUAUGCGGGGGUGGUAUACAUUCGUAUUAUUGCCUCCAAUGGUGA